UUUAAUCCAUAUUUGGCAUUAUUAAGGCGUGGUUGUGAAGCAAAAAACCAAUGAAUAAAAGCGUAAAUUUACGUACAAUUUCAGCAUACACCAAUGGCGCUUGUGUAGGUGGGGUUCACUAGUAAACACAAGGUAGCCGGUUGAAAUCCGCGUAGCACCCAGGCCGAGAACGACAGAUCGAGCGACAGGACGGAGAGUUUAUUCGGGGCUGGCAAAUUCCGUUUUGGGGGGGUAGGGGAGGACAUACUCACUGACAGCCCGGCGGCGAGGUUGGGCCUGUGGAACCUAUCACCCAGGAAAACAUGGAACUUGAGAAUAUCGUGGCCAACACGGUUCUGCUGAAAGCGAGAGAAGGAGGAGGUGGAAACAGAAAAGGAAAGAGUAAGAAAUGGAAGCAGAUGCUCCAGUUUCCCCACAUCAGCCUCUGCGAGGACCUGCGGCAGACCAUAGAGAAGGACUACCACAGCCUGUGUGAGAAGCAGCCAAUCGGACGCAUGCUGUUCCGGCAGUUCUGCGACACCCGGCCAGAGCUGAAGCGGUGUGUCAGGUUCCUGGAUGCAGUCGCUGAGUAUGAGGUCACCCCGGAUGAGAAGAGGAGGGAGUGCGGGCAGGAAGUCACGAGCACGUUCUUCAACACAAAGUCAGAGGAGCAUGUUCCAGAGGUGGGGGCGGACAUGGCGGACGAGUGCGCCCAGCGGCUGGAGCAGGAGGCCUGCAAGGAGCUCUUCAAGGAGUGCACCAAGCUGAUCCAUGACUACCUGAGUGUGGCGCCCUUUGCUGACUACCUCGACAGCAUGUACUUCAACCGCUUCCUGCAGUGGAAAUGGAUGGAGAGACAACCAGUAACAAAGAACACAUUCCGGCAGUACAGGGUGUUGGGAAAAGGCGGAUUUGGAGAGGUGUGUGCGUGCCAGGUGCGAGCCACAGGGAAGAUGUACGCCUGUAAGAAGCUUGAGAAGAAGAGAAUUAAGAAGCGGAAAGGGGAGUCUAUGGCCCUGAACGAGAAACAGAUCCUGGAGAAGGUCAACAGCAGAUUUGUGGUCAGCCUGGCGUACGCAUAUGAGACGAAGGACGCGCUCUGCCUGGUGCUCACGCUCAUGAACGGCGGGGACCUGAAGUUCCACAUCUACCACAUGGGUGAGGCCGGGUUCGAGGAGCGCCGGGCCGUGUUCUACGCCGCAGAGAUCUGCUGCGGCCUGGAGGACCUGCACCGCGAGAGGAUCGUCUACAGGGACCUGAAGCCUGAGAACAUCCUGUUAGACGACCACGGACACAUCCGGAUAUCGGAUCUGGGAUUGGCCGUUCACGUGCCGGAGGGACAGACCAUCAAGGGCAGAGUGGGAACUGUGGGGUACAUGGCUCCGGAGGUGGUGAAGAAUGAGCGCUACACGCUGAGCCCUGAUUGGUGGGCUCUGGGCUGCCUGCUGUAUGAGAUGGUGGAAGGCCAGUCGCCCUUCCAGCAGCGCAAGAAGAAGAUCAAGCGGGAGGAGGUGGAGCGGCUGGUGCGGGAGGUGGAGGAGGACUAUUCCGGAAGGUUCUCUGAGGAGGCCAAGUCUCUGUGCAAGAUGCUGCUGGCCAAAGACCCUGCCGUGCGCCUCGGCUGCCAGGGGGGCGGGGCCUCGGAGGUGAAGGCCCACCCCCUUUUCCGCUCCAUCAACUUUAAGCGCCUGGAGGCCGGAAUCCUGCAGGCUCCCUUCAUCCCUGACCCCCAGGCCAUCUACUGUAAGGACGUGCUGGACAUCGAGCAGUUCUCCACCGUGAGAGGGGUGGAGCUGGAGCCCAAGGAUGAGUCCUUCUACAGCAAGGUCUCCACAGGCAGUGUGUCCAUCCCCUGGCAGAACGAGAUGUUGGAGACGGAGUGCUUUAAGGAGCUCAACGUGUUCCAGGUGGAUGGGACGGUUCCUCCUGACCUGGACUGGAGGGGCCAGCCGUCCCCGCCUCCCAAACAGGGGCUGCUGCAGAGGCUCUUUGGUAGACAGGACUGCUGUGGAAACUGCAGUGACAGUGACGAGGAGCCCACUCGGCUGUAGACCUCCUGAGGCCACAGGAUCCAAUUUGUUUACAAUUUUUGCACAUUUGUAUUUUUAAGAUAGUUCUAUAUAAAUAUGGGAAUGUAUAUUUUCAGUAUAUAGCCAUACAGUAAAUGUUAUUUAAGAAAAAGAAAAAAAAAAGUCAUGCUACCGUUUGUCUGCUCAGAAGAGAUGUGGCAAAAACCAUUCGGCCAGACCCACAAUGCACCACUCUCUGUCCCAUCCCUCCAGACCCACAAUGCACCACUCUCUGUCCCAUCCCUCCAGACCCACAAUGCACCACUCUCUGUCCCAUCCCUCCAGACCCACAAUGCACCACUCUCUGUCCCAUCCCUCCAGACCCACAAUGCACCACUCUCUGUCCCAUCCCUCCAGACCCACAAUGCACCACUCUCUGUCCCAUCCCUCCAGACCCAUAAUGCACCACUCUCUGUCCCAUCCCUCCAGACCCAUAAUGCACCACUCUCUGUCCCAUCCCUCCAGACCCACAAUGCACCACUCUCUGUCCCAUCCCUCCAGACCCACAAUGCACCACUCUCUGUCCCAUCCCUCCAGACCCACAAUGCACCACUCUCUGUCCCAUCCCUCCAGACCCAUAAUGCACCACUCUCUGUCCCAUCCCUCCAGACCCACAAUGCACCACUCUCUGUCCCAUCCCUCCAGACCCACAAUGCACCACUCUCUGUCCCAUCCCUCCAGACCCACAAUGCACCACUCUCUGUCCCAUCCCUCCAGACCCAUAAUGCACCACUCUCUGUCCCAUCCCUCCAGACCCACAAUGCACCACUCCCUGUCCCUCAGUGCCUGUACUCUGUACUUUUAAAGUUUCCUUUUUAAUAA